AUGUCCUUAAGUAAAAUAGAUUCAGGAAAUACGGAGUCACGACAAGGAGUUCAAAAUUAUAUAAGGUUUAUGCAGCUCUCGGGUUCUUCAAGUAGACCUUUCCCGAUUCAGAGGGAAGACUUGCAGAAAUAUAUUCAAAUCUUAGUUAAAAAAGGCGUAAAACCUGAGACUCUGAAAAGAUAUGUAGGACAUAUUAAAUCUCAUAAUAUCGUUACCGAAGGUAUUUGGAAUUAUGGUGAAUUUAAUCCCCUCAUAAAACGAGGUUUGGAUCAAUUAAAUGCAAACGGAGGCCAGUCUGCUGAAGAUAUUUCUCGAAAUGGAACGAAUGAGCAGUUACAUGCCAGUGAUUUGCGUAAUGUUCCUCCUGAUAUGUCGAACCAAAUUCAUCCUCAAACAUAUGCUGGAACUAUUCUCCCUCAGCCUGGACAAGAACUUGACAGCCUUAUGAACUGGGGUUUUCGGUCUGACCAGAAUCUUUGUGAAGGUGGUCUAAAUGGGCAACUGCCCGUAAGUAAUUUCAAUACCCAAAACUCCUCAGGAAAUACCUCCCCUCAUCCCGAACAGGAACUUGUUGACCUUAUGAACAUCGAAAACUGGGAUUCUCAACAUGAUCAAAACCUUCGUGAAGGUGACACGUCAAUGAAUAAUUCAUACACAAUUCUUUCUGGAAUGCCAUGUAAUGCUUGCUCUCAAACAUGUUCAGGAGAUGCUUCUCUUCGACCCGAAGAACUUACCAGUCUUAUGACUAUCACAGAAACUUUAAAUGAACAUAAUGCUUGUGAUGAUGUAUCUCGAUCUGAGAAGUUGAACAGACUUUACGAUUUGUUUGAAAAAACAGUGGAAAUGUAUGCUGAGUUAAGAUUGGAAUUGCUCGAUAUAAUGAAUAGCUAUGGAUCUGGAGAUCGGACUCUUGCUAUUCUAGAAUAUGAUAGCCAUCUCCGGAAAGUCGAAAAACAGAUUUCUUGUUUACGUUUAGAAGCAAGAAAAUUACAAAAUUCUAUGUAA